CCGGCGGGCCCGCAGCGGGCGUCCGUCCCCGCGGCCUCCGAGUGCGACGGCUGCCGCCCCGGCGGAAGGGCUGCGGGCGGAGCGCCGUGCGGCCUUGUGAGCGCUGCUCCGGGUCGGUGGCCGGAGAUCGCAGUGAGUGGCGGCCCGGGCCCUGAGCGCCGGGGGGCGGGGCGUGCCGCGAAGUGCCGGAGCUGCUCCUGGAGCCGUGAGCCGGGCUGAGGGUUGAAGAGCGCUGCUGGGAAGGUAGCGCGGGCCGUUAAAGCCUCCGUCCGGCAGGUUUAAAGAGAAUCGUCGUAAAAUUGGGAGGGUCCUGGUGGUACAACAAGCGGUACCAAGGAUCGGACCCGUAACUGAAGCAGCGUGCUGUGUGCUCUCAGGGGAGCGGUUGCUUUGCCCUUAUAAGACGUGUGCAUUGAAUAAUUUGGAGAUCCCAAGGGAAAUAACUUGCCUUGUCCUCCAUCCGACUGUGUCUGACACUUCGGCACCUCACCAGAUCAUUUCAGGAAGAUUAAAUGGCGACAUUAAUUCGCACUUUAACAGAUCACAGUGAUGAUGUCAACUGCUGUGCCUUCUCAUCAUCGUGCUUGGCUACUUGUUCCUUGGACAAAACAGUUCGUAUUUACUCGUUAAAUGACUUCACUGAGCUCCCAUACUCACCUUUGAAAGGUCAUACGUACGCUGUCCACUGCUGCUGCUUCUCUCCAUCAGGACACACUUUAGCUUCGUGUUCCACAGACGGUGCUACCAUCGUUUGGGACACUCGUGAUGGCCGGAUGCUGGCAGUGCUGGAGCAGCCCACUGGCAGUCCAGUCAGGGUCUGCCGCUUUUCUCCUGAGUCCUCUUAUCUGGUGUCAGGUGCAGCUGACGGAAGUGUUGUUCUUUGGAAUGUGCACUCAAUGAAAUGCUACAGAUCUGGGAAUGUUAAAGAUGGUUCUUUGGUGGCCUGUGCUUUUUCUCCGUGUGGAAAUUUCUUUGUCACUGGAUCAUCAUGUGGUGAUUUGACUAUUUGGGAUGAUAAAAUGAGAUGUCUGUGUAAUGAAAAAGCACAUGAUCUUGGCGUUACCUGCUGUGAUAUUUCUUCACAUCCAGUUUCUGGUGGUGAAUUAAGAUAUAAAUGCACAUUGAGUGGACAUUCUGCCCCAGUUCUGGCUUGUGCAUUUUCUUAUGAUGGGCAGAUGUUAGCCUCAGGGUCUGUGGACAAGUAUGUCAUAAUAUAUGAGACUAAUACUGGCAAUAUCCUUCAUACUUUGUCUCAGCAUACCAGGUAUGUCACAGCUUGUGCCUUUGCACCACAUAGUCUCUUACUUGCCACGGGUUCAAUGGAUAAAGCUGUGCAUGUAUGGCAACUGGACAAUAAGCAACCCUGUGCAGGAAACGCUAUAGAAAAAGACUCUAAGAUUAGAACUGCUGAGAACUGGUCAGAGGAUGAUGUUUCAGCCUGGCUUUGUGCGCGAGGCUUCGCAGAACUUGUUGGGCUUUUCAAAGCAAAUAACAUUGAUGGCAAAGAACUCCUGAAUCUUACAAGAGAAAGUCUGACUAAUGAAUUAAAAAUUGAGUCUCUUGGCCUGCGCAGUAAAAUCCUCCAGAAGAUCGAAGAGCUGAGGAUAAAAACGGUCUCUGUUUCCGUUGCUGUUCCUGAUGAAUUCUUAUGCCCUAUAACACGGGAGCUCAUGAAGGAUCCUGUCAUUGCAGCAGAUGGGUAUUCCUAUGAAAAGGAGGCAAUAGAAAAUUGGAUCAGCAAUAAAAGACGAUCUAGUCCCAUGACAAAUCUUCCUCUUCCCAGUCUUGUGCUUACACCCAACAGGACAUUGAAAAUGGCCAUCAGUCGUUGGCUGGAGACUCAGCAGAAAUGUGGUGAAACCACUUCGUUUUGAAGUUGUUUACUAAAAUGAAGGUAAAUGUCGUGAAUGUAAAUGUAUGUAAACAUGGGCUAGAGGAGAUAUUUGUGUCAGAAACACCUGGAAUUAAAAAAGUUCUCUUCGUUCCUGGCUGUUCCUCUUAACGUUUAUGUUAAAAGAGCACUUUCACUGUUGGAAGCUCCUAAAAAAGUUACUGAAUGCUUUUUAAAGUUAUUAGUACUUUGUGGUAUUUCUCUUUAAGAAAUCAAACACCAAGAUUCACCAUUUUCCAAAUAAAUUUUCUUAAAAUUUUCCUCAAAUUUAUGAGUUUUCAAGUCUUCACUUUGCAAUGUGAACCUCAAACUACGACUUUGUAUUUUAUUUCUAUUUUUUAAUUAGAAAAAGCAUAUUUCCCUGUUCCCUAUGAAUGAACAUGCAUUUGGAGAAGCUGGGAGAGAAUUCUUCCUGAGCUGUCAGUGACUGCAUCUCACACAGCUGUAAUCAUAACUUUAAUUUUGUAUGGAAAAAAUACAGUAGCUGUGCAAAAAUAGAACUACAGGACAAGAAUAAUAAACUUGUACAAAAUACCAAAGAAAUAGUAUGCAAUAAAUAAGCUAAAGCAUAAUAAUGUGAACUCAGGAAAGAAUUUAUAAAAACGCAUACAGCUGUUUACAAGGUAAUACACCACUGUACAGACACAAGACCUGAAAAGUGACAACCUCAGGUUGACCACUCCUGCCCCAUGGCAGUCAGAAAUGUCACUGCAUCUCUUUAGAUUCUGAAUAUUCUUGCCUCUAUAAAACUGUAUUUCCUCUGAAAAAUCUCCACAACUUCAUCCUAUAAAGUAACUGCACAUACGCUUUUCUUCCAACUUUCAUCUGCAUUUCGUUUCUUGGGUUUCCUAUCAAAAUACUUACUAAACAUUUCACUGCUGUACCUUUUUUAAUGAAUAAACAGCCAAUAUAUAAUUUUGCUUUAAAAUAGCACCCAAAGGUGAUCAGGUAAACUAUAUAAAGUGCGAUUAUCGUUAACAUGCUGUAAUAUUGUGUUACUCAGUGCAAUAACCAAUAUGGUCAAAGCCUUUCAAUACACAUGCAGAUGCUACUGUUUAUUUUACUUGUUACUAAAAAUAGUUAUAUUUACAUCUCAAAACAUGACUGCUUUGAGUUUACUCAUACACAAAUUUUGCUUCCUAAAUGUACAUCAUGCACCUCAAAGUAGAGCCCACUAGAAAAGUGAUAAAAUAUUAUCUUUGAUUAAAAAAAAAACCAUAUACAGAUCUGAAGAGUAUGCAGCAUCUAUUUUUGUAACACUGUUUUUUGAAGAAAGCACUUAAGCAUAAUAGAGGCACAAUCAUUGUGUGAUGAGAUGCAAUACAACCAAAAGCAAAGAUUAAAGCCCUAUGGAGAAG